GGUCUACACCCCAAUUGCUUCAUCAGUGCAGAGGUGGUACACUGGCUUAUCAGUAACGUCGAAGGUGUGCAGACACAGUCAAUGGCCAUCGAUAUCAUGCAGAAAAUGCUGGACGAGCAGCUGAUUGUCCAUGCGUUUGGGGAGUCCAUGCGGGCAUUUGUCUACGGCUUCUACCUGUACAGGCUUGUCACCGACAAAGACACCGAGAAAGGGAACCUGCAGUCCUCCACGAUCUGGUACACCUCAACAAUGGAUGACCUGGCUGCAUUCCAGCGCAAAUGGUUCGAGGUGGCUUUCCUCACAGAGGAGCGGCUUCACGUUGACAUUCCUGCCUUCCUGUUACCGUGGUUACCCAGUAGGCCAGCGUCCUAUGCAAGUAGGCACAGUUCCUUCAGCCGCAGUUUUGGAGGACGAAGUCAAGCUGCUGCCUUACUAGCUGCCACAGUCCCUGACCAAAAGACAGUGACCCUCGAUGUGGAUGUCAAUAACCGCUCAGACCGUGUUGAAUGGUGCAGUUGCUAUUACCAUGGCAACUACUCGAUAAAUGCUGCGUUUGAAGUCAAGUUGCAUUGGAUGGCAGUAACAUCAGCCGUGCUCUUUGAAAUGGUGCAAGGCUGGCACAGAAAGGCCACUUCUUGCGGGUUUCUCUUGGUGCCUGUCCUCGAGGGUCCGUUUGCUCUACCCAGCUACCUGUAUGGAGACCCACUGCGAACACAGCUUUUCAUCCCCCUUAAUAUCAGCUGCUUGGUGAAGGAAGGCACAGAGCAUCUCUUUGAUGGUGUAGUUUUUGCAUUUUCAGGGGCUACGUUUUCAUUCUCACUAACUACUAGAGUGUAG